UGUAUGUGCGUGUGUGUGCAUGCACUUUGUGCAGCAUUUUUUGCAUGGGGUGGCAGAUGCACUGGGCGCAUGCCUUAUGCACUUGGAUUUCGCGCAUUCAUUUGGUGCAUGCAUUUUUUGCAUGCAUUUCUUCUGUUUUCGUCAUGCAUUUUUCCUUGUGCACACAUAUUUUACCUUUGCAUCCGCAGGGACGAAUGGAAUACCUCGUGAAAUGGAAGGGCUGGUCUCAGAAGUAUAGCACCUGGGAACCCGAAGAAAACAUACUAGAUGCCCGACUUCUCGCAGCCUUUGAAGAAAGGGAAAGAGAGAUGGAGCUGUAUGGCCCCAAAAAGCGAGGUCCCAAGCCCAAAACCUUCCUCCUCAAGGCACAGGCCAAGGCUAAAGCAAAAACGUAUGAAUUCCGGAGCGACUCAGCUCGGGGCAUUAGGGUCCCCUAUCCAGGAAGAUCUCCUCAGGAACUUGGCUCCACUUCUCGAGCUCGGGAGGGACUUCGAAACAUCGGCCUCUCCCCACCCGGGAGUAGCAGUAGCACCAGUACCAGUAGCACCUGUCGAGGGGACUCAGCUCGGGACCGGGAACGGGACCGAGAACGAGGGACUGGGAGACCGGACGACAAACCUAGCUCCCCAGGGGACAACUCUAAGAAACGAGGCCCCAAACCCCGAAAGGACAUUCGGGACCCUUCCCAGCGGACCUCGGGGGAGCCAGGGGACAGUCUUGGGGACUACUUCAAAGGGAGGAAGAUGGAGGAUGCUCCCUCUGGGGCCGGCAAGUUCACGGCUGGGCACAGUGUAAUCCAACUGGCUCGAAGGCAAGACACAGACCUAGCCUGCACGGUGGCUAGUCCCAGCGGAGGUGAGGCCGGGGGCAAACUGGCUGUGGACACCUACCCACCCCGAGUCAUAAAGCACAGGGCAGAUUUUUUGGAGGCCAAAGGCCAGAGUGCCUUGGACUCAGGAGGCCCCCGGGUCCGACAUGGAUCUGGCAACCCAGGUUCAGUUGGGAGCUUAUAUCGGGACAUGGGAGCCCAAGGGGGUAGGCCCUCCUUGAUUGCCAGGAUCCCUGUAGCCAGAAUCCUCGGGGACCCUGAGGAAGAAUCCUGGAGCCCAUCCUUGACCAAUCUGGAGAAAGUGGUGGUCACAGAUGUGACCUCAAACUUUUUGACCGUCACCAUUAAGGAAAGCAACACGGACCAAGGUUUUUUUAAGGAGAAAAGAUGAAUGUCUGGAAUCCAGCCAGAGAGAAAGCAGGAGGGAAUGAGAGACAGAGAGAGAAAGGAAAUUUGGCAUAGUACUUUUUAUUUCUGGAUGGGAUCUAGCUAAAGCGCUAAUCCUCUCCUUUCACACCCCCUUCUCUUCCUUCCCCAAUCCAUCCCCAGUAUUGGUUGGAAAGAUUAUCUCUAGAGUUAUAUUUUCUAUUAGAUGUAAAUAUGUUAUUUAAGAAAAUAUCUAAAUAUAUAUAUAUUUCAACUCUUGAAGUUGUUUUAUUUAAAACAAGAGACUCAAAUGUGGAUUAAUUACCACCCAGAAUGGAAUAUCACCUUGAAGACUUAUUGAGCUCCAGGCAGGAGGAAACCAACAUACAGACUAAAUGAUGGUUAUGCCCAAUUUUGUCUUUUUGACCUUUUUGAUUUCUAAUGUUCUGAUGCUUUGGAGUCACUGUGGACACUGAGAAGGCUGGAAGUUUGGGAGGGAGGGAAAAAUCUUUGUAUGUAUGUAUGUAUACAGAAGUAUUCCUGUAAGGCUGAGGGCUCCUUCUCUAAAAUGUGGAUUGUGACUAGAGGUGUUGCUAAUGACAUAAUCCAGGUAGUGUGGCCAGGCUCUUCUCUCAGACAACUAAGUAUGAAGAAGCUGUAAUGAAACCACAGCAAAGCACUUCCCUCUCCCCUUCUACAGGCCAGUUAUGGUCAUGGAAGAACUUUUUCUUCCCCCAAGGAAAAAAAAAAUUGGUCUUAAAAAAAAAAAAAAAGAUUAAAUAACUAUUAGAGUGAAAAGUA